AUGUCUGCGGAACUCGAAACAAAGGUGAAUUUUUUGGAGCUUGAAAGGAAGAUCAUGGAUUCAAAGAAGAUGCUGAUUUCUAUUUCUUUUUUGCUUCCAGACACUGUCCCAAAAACGAUUGUUUCCGAGUCUAAACCAAGCUCAUUUCCCUCGGCACUGCGCGCAAAGCGAUCGGCGAUUCAGACUUUGACUGCAGCCGAUAAGAGAACAGAAGCCCUGACUGAAAAGGAUUGCCCUCAAUGUGGCAGAAAGGAAAUGUACUAUACGACAGUGCAAUUGCGCAGUGCAGACGAAGGAAGCACGGUUUUCUUCACUUGUGUUUGCGGUUACAAGGAAACCACAAACAAUUAA